AUUUCUCUGAAGUGGAGGAUGAGGGCGGAGUCUCGCUGCCGUAUGUCUUCAGUCCCUUCAUUACCGAUUCCACAAACUAAAGGAGCACUGAGUACGCUCACCUCACCUCUAGUGAGCGAAACACUACAAGUCCCGGAAUAUCAGUGUGUACUCAAGUCAAUCUCUCUAUCUCUGAAGGUAAGGCAGACCCCCCGCGCAAAAAGACAUACAUGCAGACACUGCCACACUAACUAGGACAUACUCUUUCCUAUCCUCUGAUUGACUGGAAGAACAUCCAUUCUGAGCCGACCUCUGCUCUCCAUCCAGUCCACAUGACUGAGCCACGCAGCAGCGCUGAACGACAGACCAACACCUGUGUUCUCAGUUAAAACAAGAUGUCAUCAGCCAAUGAGAAUGGAGUCAGCGGGUCUAGCACUAACAGUAGGGAGAAAACAUAUAAAAAGACUACUUCAUCUGCCCUAAAAGGAGCUAUUCAGCUUGGCAUUGGUUACACCGUGGGGAAUCUGACCUCAAAACCUGACCGAGAUGUGCUCAUGCAGGACUUCUAUGUGGUGGAGAGUGUGUUUUUACCCAGUGAGGGGAGCAACCUGACUCCAGCGCACCAUUAUCCAGACUUCCGUUUCAAGACGUACGCACCACUGGCUUUUCGCUACUUCCGGGAACUCUUCGGGAUCAAGCCGGAUGAUUACUUGUACUCCAUUUGUAAAGAGCCCCUGAUUGAGCUGUCUAAUCCGGGCGCCAGCGGCUCCCUCUUCUACCUGACCAGCGAUGAUGAAUUCAUCAUCAAAACCGUCCAGCACAAGGAGGCAGAAUUCCUGCAAAAACUGCUUCCAGGAUACUACAUGAACCUCAACCAGAACCUAAGGACACUGCUUCCCAAGUUCUACGGCCUGUACUGUAUUCAGUCUGGAGGAAUCAACAUUCGUCUCGUGGUUAUGAACAACGUUCUGCCUCGGUCUUUAAAGAUGCACUACAAAUAUGACCUGAAGGGCUCCACGUACAAGAGACGGGCGUCACGAAAAGAGCGGGAAAAGGCCUGCCCCACAUAUAAAGACCUAGAUUUCGUGGACAUGCACGAUGGCUUGUACUUUGACACAGACACAUAUAAUGCCCUGAUGAAGACGCUACAGCGGGACUGCCGGGUGCUGGAGAGUUUUAAGAUCAUGGACUACAGUCUUCUGUUGGGGGUGCAUGUUCUGGACCAGAGUCACAGAGAAGGAGACGUCAACGUUAUGGAUGGGAAGAAGAACGUGGGACAGAAAGUUCUUUAUUCCACUGCCAUGGAGUCUAUUCAGGGAGACGGAAAGGCGGCAGAGGCUUUGACCAAUGAUGACACAAUGGGAGGCAUUCCUGCAAAAACACACAGGGAUGAGAAACUACUCAUUUUUCUAGGCAUUAUUGACAUCUUGCAGUCUUACAGAUUCAUGAAGAAGCUGGAGCACUCCUGGAAGGCACUCGUCUAUGAUGGUGAUACGGUGUCUGUGCACAGACCGAGUUUCUAUGCAAACAGAUUUCUCAAGUUCAUGGGCUCCAGAGUAUUCAGAAAGAUUCAGCCAAAUCGUUUCUCCCCGAGCAAGAGGGCACGGAACUCCGUUUCAGCGCUGAAGUGCUCUUCUCAAGAAGUGCUGUCCUCACAGAAGGAGGAGAGGGCCGAGGAGAGGACGGACAGACUCGGAGGAGCCCAUAGUCUUGCCAGUCUGGAUGGACAAGUUUUCUGGUCCUAUAACCGUCCUGACCUGGUCCCUCAGACUCCUUACCCGUAUGAAGCCUCUUCCUUGAGCCACACCCUCUCCCCGCCCUCUAUUUACGUCACAGAUCGGUACCGGGAGGCCAAAUCAAAUGAAAGAUGUGCCUGCUCAACUUUUACAUUGGAGAACAGUGCCAUCUGUCUGACAUCGGCGCGAAGCACCAUGGACGCAGACAGAGAUGAUGACUCAGUUCUGGGGGUCUACUUUUAAGGAGCAAAAUGAGAUGAUGUUUCAUCUCUACCCUCCCAAUCGCCUGCCUUUGAAUCCUCAUGUGCAGAGAGCGCCACCUGCUGCCAAACAUAGAAAACAUUCGCCCAUACAACAUGAGCAAACUGGAUCUGUAUCUGUACAUGAGAUCACAGUGCUAAAUAUUUCCUUGGACUGGUCGGAGGGAUUAUGGCUACAAGAUUUCAGAUUCAUGGACAUCCAUAACCAAAUGCUUUUGUAGCCCUUACAAUACAGGCAGCUGUGGCAUCAGCCUGAAGAGAAAUGCCACGUCACGUCAUUCAUCGUUUUGGAAACAUGCAAUAAUUAUGCUCCUUUGAUAUGCAAAGAUGGUUUUUAACAGCUAUCUUCGUUACCUCCUAAAGGAUCUAGUCUUUAGUGACCUAGAAUGCAGUGUUGGCGAUUCAAACUCUAGGAAACAGAGAUGUUCAGAUAUUUUUAAAUGUGCAAUCUUCAUACAUUAUACAAGUGUGUGUUAUCGUAGUUCUCCGCACUGGAGUAAUAAUCCCGAUGAUGCUUUAUUUCCAAACAAACACAGUUUGUAGGAAAAACAGAUGUGUGACUUUAUUUCUCAGACAUCUCUUAUGAUCACAAAUGUGUCAUGUACUGUAAAUGUAGGAGUGUCUUUGUAACUUCAUCAAGCGCAGAUUUAUGCUGGUACAUCAGCUCCUGAUAAUCAAGAGUGGGAUUCCCAUCAGUAGUGUCCAUUAUUUACAUAUAACCAGAUGCCAGAAUGUUUUUAUGUGCUCAAAUGCAGAUGAGAAGUCAGUCUUUUAUGUGGGGACGGGUGAGUUUCAUACACGCUUUUACAUUCUCUCAGGAGAUCCUUUUCCUAGAAGCGUCCAAAUGAUUGCUUGAUGUUAGAUGCUAGUGCACUUCUGAUUUUUAAAUGCCAUGUCAGAAAUGUCUUUUGAAUAAUAUUAUUGCACCUUUGUUUGUUUUGAGGCCAUAAUUUAUUAAAUCAUUAUUUUAAAUUAA